CUUGUCAGUAGCAUCACGUGCAUGUCACUGUCAUUUGUCAAAUAACUGUCAAAGAUUUGAGGUUGACAAAAAUCCAAAUUCUAAAUUUUUAAUAAUUAUUAUUUUAAUUUGUUUUGUGAUUUUAAUCAUAUUAGAUUACUUGCUUAACAGACAUGUAUAACAUUAAAGGUCCGAGUAAAAUUGUUGCAAAAACUACCACUCGAAGAGGGAUCUCUCAAAAAAUAGAUAAUUAUCACAAGAAAAAGAAUAUCGAGGGCGAUGAUUACAACAAUGAAGCAAAUACGAGCCCAAAACCAACCUUCCAGAAAAAGUCCUCGCCAACACAUAACAGGCACAAAAGCAUCUCACGUCCUCAUGAAGAAGUUAUAAAUUACAUCUACGAAUCUUGGAAUUCAGUAUGUGCAGAAUUAGAAAAUGAGAAUACAGAUGCUAAUGGAAAUAAAUGCCAGCACAGUGAACCAUCAGUAUGCUAUUAUGAAGAUGGACCCUUCACAGUACCAGAUUUUAAGCCCUUUGACUUAGAAGCAUGGUGGGGAAGACGCUUAUAUGCAUAUGUAACUAACUCUGUAAACAGAAGCUAGAAAAUUUUAGUGCAAAUUUUACCUGUUUUUAUGUGAUGAAAAGUUGUUUUACCAUUUUAUUUUUCAUUAUCUAAGAUAAUAUUGUUACUGCUAUACAAUUGUUUUUAUAAAAAAGAUAAAAUUAAAUUAAUUAAAGCUUUGUAUGAGUAUUA